ACAAAGAUCACAGAUAAAUAGUGUAAAUAACAGGUACAUAUAUGUUUUUUUAACCAAGACGAUGGGAUUGUGGUCGUGUCUAUACAACGAUAGGUCUUCUAAAGCUCAGCAGCCACGCAAAACAAUAAUCAUUCUUGGAGACGAGGGUUGUGGAAAAUCUUGUCAAGUCAGCGUUUUCACAAAGGACGAUUUCGCCAUAAACCGUCUUCCUGUCCCUUCCACGAGUAAUAUUUCAUACAUAGAAAUUGAUGGCAAAAUGAUUGAACUUAUCCUCCGAGAACCAGCGGGGCUAGAUGACGUCACCAGGCUUAACUCCCUUUCAGGCAACAAAAAGGACGCUGUUUUACUGUGUUAUUCAAUUGACAAUCCCUGCAGUUUUAGAAAUGCCUCAUACAAAUGGGCACCAGAGAUCAACAAACGAUGCCCGGAUGUUCCCAUUGUAUUAGUUGGAAACAAAAAGGACUUACAAAAUGACAAAUAUACUAUUUGUGAACUAGGGACUCUACACGAAGAACCGAUUGGUUGGCAAGCGGGACAGAAAAUGGCCGAAAAGAUAAAUGCGUUUUCUUAUAUGGAAUGUUCAGCAAAAACGCGGGAAGGAAUUCGAGAGUUGUUUGAGACGGCAGCAAGAACGGCGGUGUUGAAAAAGAAGUGUCCAACUGUUGUUCGGAAAUAA